AUGGCUGCAACUGAGCCCAUCGCCAUCGUGGGAAGCGCGUGUCGGUUUCCCGGUGAUGCGACCUCACCCUCCAAACUGUGGGACUUGCUCAAGGACCCGCGAGAUGUCUUGACUGAAAUCCCUGAAAGUCGCUUUAAUACCAAGGCAUUCUAUCACCCGGACGGUCUCCACCAUGGUACCACCAAUGUCCGCCACUCCUAUGUGCUGACUGAGGAUCACCGCUUGUUUGACGCGCAGUUCUUUGGGACCAAACCAGUUGAGGCGAAUUCGAUUGAUCCCCAACAGCGCCUGUUACUGGAAACUGUCUAUGAAUGCCUGGAAUCGGCUGGCAUCCCAAUGGAGCGCUUACAAGGCUCCGACACGGGAGUUUAUGUUGGCUUGAUGACGAACGACUAUGCGGACCUUCUUGGACGAGAUGUCCAAAGUCUACCUACGUACUUUGCGUCAGGAACAGCAAGGAGUAUUCUCUCAAAUCGGAUCUCCUAUUUCUUUGACUGGCAUGGGCCCUCUAUGACCAUCGACACAGCCUGUUCAUCCAGUUUGAUUGCACUACACCAGGCAGUCCAGAGCUUACGAAGUGGUGAAAGCAGCGUGGCAGUGGCAGCAGGAACAAACCUCCUACUAGGCCCUGAGCAAUACGUCGCGGAGAGCAAACUGAAGAUGCUUUCGCCCAAUGGCCGCUCCCGCAUGUGGGACAAGGACGCGGAUGGCUAUGCACGCGGUGACGGGAUUGCGGCCGUCAUUCUCAAGACAUUGAGUGCAGCGCUAGCAGAUGGCGAUCACAUCGAAUGUCUUAUCAGAGAGACCGGCACAAACCAGGACGGACGCACAAAAGGAAUCACUAUGCCGAAUCCUGUGGCCCAAGCGGAUCUUAUUCGAACGACAUAUGCCAGAGCGGGCCUCGAUCUGUCGAAGCCCAGUGACCGCCCACAGUAUUUCGAAGCUCAUGGAACCGGGACGCCGGCGGGUGACCCCGUUGAGGCAGAAGCGAUCAGCACAGCAUUUUUUGGCCCGUCCGCAAACUACUACCGACGGUCAGGACAGGAAUUGCCCUUAUAUGUUGGCUCAAUCAAGACCGUUAUCGGCCAUACUGAAGGCACGGCUGGCCUCGCGGCUGUUCUAAAGGCAUCAUUGGCAUUGCAAUGCGGAAUAAUCCCACCCAAUCUCCUGUUGAACGAGCUGAGCCCGACUGUCCGGCCGUUCUACAACGACCUCGAAAUCCUCAAAUCCGCUCAGGAUUGGCCUGAACUUCCAAGCGGAGUACCUCGCCGUGCCAGUGUGAACAGCUUUGGAUUUGGUGGAGCCAAUGCCCACGCGAUUCUGGAGACAUUCGACUCGAAUAUGUCGUUGAAUGCUAUGCCAUGCCCCGAGGCUGUGAAUAUGUUGCCGUUUAACUUCUCUGCAGCCUCCGAAAAAUCACUUCUUUCAACCCUGUCAUCCUACUCGGAAUACCUUAAGAUGAAUCAGGGUGUGAAUCUGCGAGAUCUGUCAUGGACGCUGACCUGUCGCCGGUCAACACUGCCUGUUCGGUUUUCUGUCUCAGCGUCGAGCGUGGAGGAUUUGGAAGCAAGGCUUGACAAAGCCACGCAAUCAUCGUCUGAAAUCUCGACUGGCGCCCAAAUCUCGAGUGUUCACAAGUUGAAGCUGCUCGGUAUUUUUACCGGACAGGGUGCACAAUGGGCUCGAAUGGGUGCAGAGCUGCUGGUCAGCUCUCCCAUGGCUGUUGAUUGUGUAUCGCGUUUGGAAAAGUCUUUGCAACAGCUUCCAAAAGAGCAUCGCCCCUCUUGGUCUCUAAAGGAGGAGCUUCUCAAGGAUGCCGCCUCGUCUCAAAUCGGCAAAGGUGAAUUUUCUCAGCCCUUGUGCACUGCGAUUCAAAUUGUGCUAGUGGAACUCCUCCGAGCGGCGAACAUCCAAUUUCACACUGUUGUAGGCCAUUCAUCGGGGGAGAUUGCUGCAGCUUUUGCUGCAAACUAUAUCAGUGCCGAGGAUGCUAUCCGAAUUGCAUACUAUCGUGGCUGGUCAUUGCAGUAUUCUGGCGCUCACAAUGGCGUCCAGGGUGCCAUGAUGGUUGCUGGCACAUCUUUUGAAGAUGCGAAAGAGCUCUGUGAAAUGCCGACCCUCGAUAAACGGAUCUGCGUUGCUUGUAGCAACUCUUCGACCAGUGUCACGCUUUCCGGAGAUGCAGACGCUAUCGACGAGGCGAUAGAGAUCUUCCAGGACGAGAAGAAAUUCAAUCGACGGCUCAAAGUGGACAAAGCAUACCACUCUCACCACAUGAUGCCUUGUAGUGACCCUUACGUCGAGGCUGUUCGGAAGUGCGGCGUGCACAUUCAAUCUCGUCCCAGUGACAGCGCCACCUGGAUAUCCAGUGUCUAUGUGGAUGACAUUGAAAAUGUCAGGGAUAACCUCGUAGACACAUACUGGAGCAACAACAUGGUGAACCCAGUGCUGUUCUCCCAGGCAAUUUCUUACGCUGUUGGCGCAGCUGGUCCUUUUGAUAUGGCGUUGGAGAUUGGACCCCACCCGGCGCUACAGGGACCUGUAAAGGAAACAGUUCAAGAGAUCUCCGGCAACACAAUACCUUACUCGGGAACUUUGAGUCGGAAUAAGAACGACCGUGAGGUAUUUACCUCUUCUCUUGGAUCAUUGUGGGCGACGCUUGGAGAGAACGCAGUGGACUUUUCAAGCUUUGACCGAAGAGCGGGUGGCGUUGGUGAUCCCCCUAAGCUGAUGAAGGGACUUCCUUCCUAUUGUUGGGACCACGACCGCGUCUACUGGCACGAGUCUCGUUUAUCAACUACAUUCCGAGCAACACAAGAGGAAUUUCACCACCUGCUGGGCAUCAGAUGUUCUGAUGGGACGAUAGAUCAACUGCGUUGGCGCAACUACCUCAAUCCUCGGGAGAUUCCAUGGCUCGCAGACCAUCAAGUUCAGGGACAGAUGGUCUUCCCCGCAGCAGGUUACAUUUCUGCAGCGGUUGAAUGUAUUCUGCGACAAUACGCCCUGGAAACAGUCCAAUUGAUGGAUUUCCACGAUGUGAUCAUUCGGCAAGCUUUGGUACUCGAGGAGAAUACUGGAGUUGAGACCAUUUUUGACCUCAAGAUCAUCGAGCGCAGAAGCGACCGUGUCAAAGCAACAUUCUCAUGCUAUUCCGCUGCAAACAGGACAUUUUCUUCUCUAGCACUUCAUGCGUCUGCGCAAAUACAGAUUGUUUUUGGCAAACCAAGGCAAGAUGUGCUCCCUCCUCGGAAGGGCACCUAUGAUCGCUUUUUGGACCUAGAAUCCGACCGAUUCUACCAGUCAGUCUCAAAUAUCGGGUUCAGUUAUACAGGUCCUUUUCAAGCGCUCUCAGACUUGAGCAGAAAAAUGGAUGAAGCCACCGGGUUGGUCGCUGUCCCGACUGGAGACCAAAGCGAACGUCCGUUGCUCAUUCACCCAGCGUCACUGGAUGGUGCAAUCCAAUCCAUCAUGCUAGCAUAUUGCUUUCCUGGUGACGGAAGAUUGCGCACUAUUUACCUGCCAACCAAGAUUGAUUGUGUGCGCAUUAACCCCUCUGGCUGGGUGGAAUUCGGGGGCCCCGGAGCAAGUCUUCCAUUUCACUCCAUAGUAGGAUCUGCAAAAUUCUCCGAGUUAUCGGGUGAUGUGAACCUCUUUUCUGCGGACGGGGCCACCAUUCUUCAGCUUCAAGGCCUUCAUACCACGCCACUCACCCCUCCCACGGCUGCCAGCGAUGUCCAGCUUUUUACGGAGAUUACAUGGGGAAAUGAAAUCCCGAAAGUAAGUGCCUUUGAUUCAGAUAGGGACUGGUUCCAAGAAAACUUCACACUGGCCCUGGACUUGGAACGAUUAGCACACUUCCAUUUGAAGAACCUUGACCUCUCUAUCACACCAACAGAACGUUCUGGGGCUACAUGGCACCACGUUCAUAUGCUUUCAAAUGUCAAACAUUGCCUGUCCUUGGUUAAGUCAGGACAGCAUCCUUUUGCUAAAUCUCAAUGGGCGAAUGAUACAAAGGAGGAUGCCGAUCGGAUUUUGAGCCGGUACGAACCUGGCCACUCCUCAAAAUAUUGCGAUCUGAGACCUGACCGUAAUAGCUAUCCCGACUCUAUUGACGUCAAAAUUAUUCAUGCAGUUGGCGAGAACUUUCCUUCAGUUAUCCGCGGAGAGAAGAACAUUAUGGACGUAUUAACAGAGGAGAACAUGCUGAAUGAAUUUUACGCCAACACACUUGGGAUCCAUCAUUAUCUCAAGGAAAUGGCUAGAAUGGCUGGUCAAAUCAGCUAUCGAUACCCGCACAUGAGCGUCCUGGAGAUCGGGGCCGGCGCCGGCGCCACAACCGAUCUCAUUCUGAAAGAAAUGAACACUGCUUUCUCUUCGUACACAUAUACUGACAUUUCAAAUGCACUCUUCGACGACGCCCAGGAGAGAUUCAGCGACCGUUUAUCCAAAAUGACCUUCAGAGUGCUGGACAUUGAGAAGGAUGUCAUCGAGCAAGGCUAUGCAGAGGAAUCAUUCGAUCUGAUAAUAGCAUCACUGGCGCUCCAUGCAACCAAACAGCUUGAAGCCGCAUUGUCCAAUGUUCGCCGCCUUCUCAAACCCGGCGGAUAUCUACUCUUACUUGAACUGACCAACCCGGAUGUUAUGCAUUUUGGUCUCGUCCUUGGGGGACUCCCUGGCUGGUGGAUGGGCUAUGAUGAAGGCCGUCAGAAUUCACCAUUAGUCUCAAUUGAAACAUGGGAGGGAUUGAUGAGAAAGGCCGGUUUCUCCGGAAUUGAUGCGAUAUCUCCACAGCAUCCAAAAUCACCGAUACCAUUUUCGGUGAUUGCUACUCAAGCUGUCGACAAUCGAGUCCAUUUUGUGCGAGAACCAUUGGCGCUGGAGCACCGGGCUCUGGGUUUGGAAUCAUUGACCAUUAUUGGGGGCAAGACCAGUCAAACAUCUGUCAUUGUCGAGGACAUCAAAGCAGCAGUAGCUCGUCAUUAUAACCACAUCCGCGAUGUCCCCUCGCUGAUCGACCUCAUUUCUUCCGAUUUGCCUUUUAUGGGAACUGUGGUUAGUUUAAUCGAAUUGGAUGAACCAAUGUUCAAGAGCAUGUCAUCGGAGAAGGUGAAUUCCUUCAAAGAGCUGUUUAAACAGAGCAAAAACAUCAUUUGGGUCACAUAUGGUGCACAGGGCGACAACCCAUAUGCCAACAUGUUUACUGGUGUCCAGAGAACGCUGGUCUCAGAAAUGGAUCACCUCCACAUCCAGCGCCUCAACUUUCAUUCACUGAUAGAGGCUAAUGGACGACUCAUAGCUCAGAAACUUUUGCUGCUUGAGAUUGCCGGCACCUGGAAUCAGAAUGGUGAGAGAGGCAGGCUUUUGUGGUACGAUGAACCAGAGCUUGACUUCAGGGAUGGAAACUUCCUGGUUCCACGAUUCCGCCUGAACCAGACAAGAAACGACAGGUAUAAUUCCUCCAGGCGUUCUAUAGUAAAGGAAAUUAAUCGUGACACCUCGUUGGUCUCUAUUCGAUGGUCCAGAACAGGAUACCGGAUUGACGAAAACAACAUCCGGAAUACAGUGUCGUAUCCAGACCGCACAGAAAUUACUGUGACACACUCCCUUCUACGUGCUGUCAAGAUUACGGAUGACGCCAGUGUGUUUCUUGUCUUUGGGACCAAUCCUCAAACAGGCGAGCAUGUCAUAGGGGCAUCAGAAUCUCUGAACUCUCUCGUCCAUGUCCCACCUACCUGGGUUGUUCGUUGCGGACCAUCAGUGGAAUAUGGAAUUCAGUCAACAAUUAGCCUGUAUAUUCAUUUCCUCGCUACGGCCAUGCUUGAUCAAGUACCCCCAGGAAAGUCGCUGGUGGUUCUGGAUCCGGACUUCUCGUUUGCAUCCAUUCUGACUCAACGCGCCUCCGAGAAAGGCAUCCAGCUCGUGUUUCUGACAACGGCAGAUGAUGCCUGCAUGUGGCCAUGGGUUUACAUUCAUCCAUGUGCCACAAAACGUGAGAUUUUGGAGAAUUUACCUCUCGAUAUUGCUCGUUUUGUAAAUAUCGGCGGCGAUCAAGAGUCCAUGUCGAUCAUUAAGCAGUGUUUACCGGUCAAUUGUGACGUGCAAACUGAACAGUCGCUCACAAGUGAAAUUUCGUCCUCAGAAUCUUAUGGUGCCACUAGCAAAGUUGCUGCCCAGAUCCAGGCGACUUGGAUGAGAAUCCAAAAUGAACCCGCGCCCGUCAAUCUGCUCCGAUUUGGAAGGCUUUACUUGCAUGAGCUCAUACAGAAUGUUAACCCCCCAACUUCACAGUUUAUCGUCGAAUGGGGUGAUAGCAAGCUUCCGGCCCAAGUUCAGCCCGCCAGUGUGCAGGUCCGAUUUUCAAGCGACAAGACAUAUUGGCUUGUUGGAUUGACCGGCGGACUUGGUCUGUCGCUGUGCCAAUGGAUGGCACGCCAAGGUGCACGAUACAUUGCACUUUCAAGCCGAAACCCAAAGGUUGACGAAGUGUGGCUGCGCCAAAUGGCUGCCAGGGGUUGCACAAUCCGGGUUUUCUCCAGUGAUAUUACAGAUCGAGGUUCUGUACGUGCUACACACCGCCAUAUUUGUGGGACAAUGCCUCCAAUUGCAGGUGUUGCCCAGGGUGCUAUGGUACUCCAAGACACAAUGUUCCCCGACCUUGAUCUCGCCCGGCUUGAGAGAGUGCUUCGACCCAAAGUGGAUGGCAGCAUUUUGCUUGAUGAACUGUUCUCGGAAAACACCCUCGAAUUUAUGAUCUUCUUCUCGUCCAUGGCUGCAGCGACGGGUAACCCUGGCCAAGUCGCAUACAAUGCAGCUAACAUGUUCAUGGCCAGUCUGGCUGCUCAACGGAAAAAGCGCGGCUUGGCAGCUUAUGCGAUCAAUAUCGGUGCCGUUGUAGGUAAUGGCUACGUUACUAGGGAGCUCAACAUGAGCCAGCAGAAUUACCUUUACCGGGUCGGCCAUUCCUGGAUGUCUGAGCAAGACUUCCAUGAAGUUUUCGCCGAAGGAGUCCUGUCUUGCACAGACCCAUCGGGCGCUGCAGAGCUGUGCAGUGGACUGAGAAUUGAUGACGAUGAGUCCAAAAGCUGGGUGUCCAACCCUAUGUUCCAACACCUGGUAUUCAGAUCAAGUAAUCUACUUGCGGGGGGCAAGAAGGGAAAGGCUGGCAUCAUCAUCAAGGCUCAGCUUUUGGAAGCUGUCUCUUGUCAGGAAGUCAUCAGAAUUCUAGAAGACGGCUUCGUGCUAAAGCUCCAAACCGCGUUGCAAGCCGAUCCCGACAAGCCGAUGUUGGAUAUGAGCCCUGACGAGUUAGGCAUCGACUCUUUGGUUGCAGUUGAUCUUCGCUCCUGGUUCUUGAAGGAACUGGCAGUGGACAUGCCCGUGCUGAAAAUCUUUAACGCUGUAUCAAUCCGAGAAUUACUUGCCUCGGCCGCAGAGCUUCUCUCCGAUGCCCUGAUCCCCAACGUCGGUGAUGGUGCAAGGUCCUUUGAAAAUUCCCAAUUGGACGAUUUAAACGCUUUGGAUGUCUAUAAUGAAGGCCCAGAGUCCGCAAAUGAAACGUCAGCGGAUGAAGCAGGCUCCUUGACUGUGGAGAUGAUGGAGUCUCUGAAGCUACGACACUUGGACUCGGCCAAUGCUUACAGCGGUAGUUCCACUGCUUCUCUGCGAGCAGGAGACUCCAAUUCAGAGGAGACUGAGGACCCGGCAUCAUCCAUAUACACAGAUGAUUAUGGUCCGGUGGUCCCCAAUCGUAUUGUUCAAAAAAAGCUUCUCAUGUCAUUUGGUCAGUCGCGCUUCUGGUUCCUGAAUUUCUUCGUGGAAGACAAAUCUGCAUUUAACAGCACAACGACAAUUCGGUUAACUGGGCGUCUCCAGAUUGAUGCUUUCGCCAAGGCCCUUGAAUCGGUGGGUGAGCAUCACGAGGCGCUCAGAACAUUCUUCUUCACUGAUGGAGAGAAGCGGAAUAUGCAAGGUAUUUGGGCCACCUCAAUUUUGCGUCUGGAACACGGCAAAAUUAUCGACGAAAACGAGGUCGACAAAGCUGCAAGGCAGAUGAAGGCCCAUGUGUUCGACCUUGAACAAGGAGAUAUUCUUCGCGUCCAACUUCUUUCCUUGUCGCCAGAGCAGCAUUGGAUAAUCUUCGGAUGUCACCACAUUAACAUGGACGGGGUUAGUUUUGAGAAUUUCUGGUCUGAUGUUGAAAAGGCCUACCAAGGUUUCCCUCUAUCCUCAACUGUGCUACAGUACCCAGACUUUACUCUUCGACAGUUAUAUGAGUAUGAGACUGGUGUGUGGGCUGAUGAUUUGGACUUUUGGCGCCGACAAUUUGUUGAACUGCCGCCCCCAAUCCCUCUUCUCCCAUUUUCUCGGCUUCAAGUUCGUCCCAGCGUCUCACAGUUCAGAUCGCAUACUGCGCUGAUCCGGCUUGAGGAAAGCCUUUGCGCAAAGGUUGACCAAUGCUGUCGGGUAUUCAAAACGACACCAUUCCACUUUUACCUUGCCAUUUGGAAGAUUUUGGUUCUCGGAUAUCUUGAUAUAGACAGUGUCUGUAUUGGAGUCGGGGAUGCUAACCGGACCGACAGCGAUGUGCUCAAUAGCAUUGGAUUUUUCCUCAAUAUUCUUCCUGUCCAGUUUAUGCGAAAGCCAAAUCAGUCAUUUGGGGAAGCAUUGAAGGAUAUCCGCUACGUGGCACAGAAUGCUUUCGCACACUCGCGUGUGCCAUUCGACGUCAUUUUAAACGUGUUAUACGUCACGAGAUCAGCCUCCUACAGUCCUUUGUUUCAAAUAUUUUUCAAUUAUCGACGAAAGAUCCAGGAAUCCAGAAUGUUCUGUGGAUGUCGUGCUGAAGGCGAAUUGUUAGGUGCUGGCGAGACAGCGUAUGACCUCAGCUUGGACGUUGUCGACGUUAGCAACGGGGAGACCAGUCUAUGUCUUUCUGUACGGAAAGAUCUGUAUGAGAUGGAGCAUGCAGAUAUUCUUGUUCGGAGUUAUUGCACCCUUCUGCGAUCUUUUGUUGAGAAUCCAGCAACCCGAGUGAGCUGGCCUUCUUUAUACUCAAAAGAAGAUGUGGAAUUGGCCGUGUCGCUUGGGAGAGGUAUGGAAAUGAAAAAUCAAUGGCCAGCAACUAUCGUUCACCGUGUCGAUGAAAUUGCUCGCCUUUAUGGAAGCCGCGCGGCCUUGAAAGAUCAACAGAACCAUGUCCUCACGUAUUCUCAGAUGCAAAAUCGGGUGACAAUUAUUGCAAAUGAACUUCUCGACAAUGGGGUCGGACCAGGAACGCCAGUAGGGAUCUUCCAAUCCCCAAAUAUAGACUGGAUUUGCUCCUUGCUAGCAAUUCUUCGAGUUGGUGGAGCAUAUAUUCCACUGGACAAAAAAGUGGGUAUGAAUCGGUUGACAGUGAUCACCAACGACUCACGCCUACGAGUUAUCCUGGUCGAUUCCUCUACAAGUUCGGAAUUUUCACUUCUCAAGUCAGAGGCAGACCCGAUUGAUGUUUCAAUUCUCCGUGGUGCGGCCGUAAGUCCCGUGCCUGUCAUUGCUGAGCCUGAGGGGACCGCUGUCAUUAUGUACACCAGUGGGUCCACGGGCACUCCAAAAGCAAUCAGGAUCCAGCACUUGGCCUGGGUACAUAAGAUUCAAGGUGCAAUUGGUGAAUGGAGACUUGCCGAAGGAGAGGAAACGAUACUGCAACAGUCAUCCUAUUCUUUUGAUAUGUCUCUAGCCCAAAUAUUUAUUUCCCUGUGUACCGCAGGGACUCUUCUUAUUGCGUCCAACUUGACUCGCAGUGACCCUGUUGCAAUUUCCGAUUUGAUCGCAUCUGAAAAUGUGACUGUUACGGUUGGGACGCCAGCAGAAUACCUCGGGUGGCUUCAGCAUGGACGCCUGGUCUUGAGAUAUUCUCAGCUGAGAACAACCAUUUCUGGGGGAGAAGCUUUGUCGAAUGGGCUGAUUCAACAAUUCCAGCUGCUCGACAAACCAGACCUGCGGUUAAUUAAUGCUUACGGCCCAACGGAAGCCACGCUGGCAUGCAGCAGCGCCGAAGUUCCAUAUACCCAGCUUGAUGCAACUUCGGCCAUGAACAACUUGCCUCUCUCCACCUCACCCAAUUACUCCGUCUACAUUAUUGACGGUAGAUUUAAUCCUGUUCCCAUUGGGAUACCUGGUGAAGUGGUAAUUGGUGGCCCUUGUGUCAGCCAAGGUUACCUCAACGAAAUCGACACAAAGGCUCGCUUCUUGCAAGACCGACAUGCCAGUACAUUCUUCCGUGAUCAUGGGUGGACAACAGUUCAUCGAACCGGGGACCGUGGGAAACUUUGCAAAGAUGGCAGCUUGAUUAUCAUGGGUCGCAUUGAAGGUGACACCCAAGUCAAGUUUGGUGGUAUUCGAAUGGACCUGGAAGAUAUCGAGACCACGAUUGUGCGUGCUGCGGGUGGGAAGAUUGUUCAGGCUGUUGUUUCAGUUCGCACUCAGCCAGACCUGGAGCAAAGCAAAAAGUUCCAGGUCGCAUUUGUGGUCCUCUGCGAUGACAACCCACCUUCUCAACCGACUCAGUUCCUGAAAAAUCUUCUGGCAGAAUUACCUAUGCCACAAUACAUGCGACCAGCAGCACUUAUUCGAGUUGACCACAUACCGCUGACCCCUUCUGGGAAGAUUGAUCGAUUGGCGAUCAAUGGACUCCCUAUACCCCAGGCUACGCACCAGCAGGCGCAUGAUACAGAGCUUACGCCGUCAGAGACUUCACUGCGUCACCUGUGGCAGGAAGUGCUACCGCAAGGUCUUGUCAAGCACUUUUCCAUCGGCGCGACAUCAGAUUUCUUUCAUGUCGGGGGUUCAUCACUGGCAUUGGUUAAUUUACAGGGCUUGAUCAAAGACAGACUCGGAGUUUCUGUGCCAUUGUACCAAUUGUUUGAUGCAAGCGCCCUCCACGCCAUGGCCGCGCGAAUAGGAAACCUGUCGUCCCCCAUCUCUAAUCUGACAGUGGACUGGGAAGACGAGGUACAGAUUUCAUCUGACGUGGAUCAAACCACGCUGAGCUUUGGUGCUGCGGCUACUCCUCCGCUGGGUAUUAAUAUCGUUGUACUUACCGGUUCCACUGGCUUCCUCGGCAAAGAGAUCCUUCAACAACUUAUCGACGACGACCGAAUUAUGUUGAUACACUGCAUUGCUGUUCGAAAGGAUCGGUCUCAAUUACCAGAGAUAUUCUCUGAUGACAAAGUGAUUGUGCAUCAAGGAGAUUUGGGAGCAUCACAGCUUGGUCUUAACGAUCCUGAUGCAAUAUCUGUAUUUUCCCACGCCGACAUAAUCAUUCACAACGGUGCCGAUGUCUCUUUCAUGAAGAGCUACCAUACACUCAAACUUAUCAAUGUUGCCUCAACCAAGGAGCUCGUCAAGCUGGCCUUGCCGCGACGUGUUCCAUUCCACUUCAUUUCAUCAGCAAGCGUCGCACGCCUUGCGCACAAGGACAGCUUCGGUGAAAUAUCGGUAGCUCAGUAUCCUCCACCUCAAGUACCCGAUGAUGGGUAUAUCGCUGCCAAAUGGGUCAGUGAGGUGUAUCUAGAACGCGUCAGCCGCCAGUUCGGCCUUCCAGUUUGGAUUCAUCGCCCAUCUAGCGUAACAGGCCCAGAAGCUCCGGAACUCGACUUGAUGAGCAAUCUCAUGCGGUACAUCCAUGAAACAAAGGCUAUACCGGACUCCCGAUCUUGGUCUGGCAUGUUCGACUUCAUAUCGGUACAGUCGGCGGCGAGCCAGAUAAUAAAGUCGGUGGAUUCGUCUACAGCAAUUCAACCACUUUCAGGAGACGUCAAGUAUAUCUACGUGUCUGGAGAGAUGCAAAUUGGUCAGGAAGAAGUGCAGUCGUUGAUGGAGCUCGGGACAGGUGGUGCAUUUGAAGUGAUUCCUGUUAACAGUUGGGCUGAGCGCGCUGAGAAGGCGGGAAUGAAUGCACUACUUGGGGUAUAUUUACGCAGGGUAUCGGAUGGACAGGUCUUGCUGCCGCGGUUGAUCAAAUACAGCGAAGGGACUGGAUGA